AUGGACACGGGUGAAGCAUCAUCAGAGUCCGACGAGGACGCCGCCUUGGCGUGGGAUCUUCCAUUCUACGUGCGGCAUCCGACGAAGGUCAACAUCAUUGCCCUUAUCUUGUAUGCCGCCGUUGGCAUCUGCGUGAUGUCUUUCAAAGAGGACUGGACUCUCGUGACGUCCUUCUAUGUCACGGUCCAAAUUAUCACCACGGUCGGCUACGGAGACAUUGCUCCCACUGAGAGUGGAGAACUCUUCCUGAUAUUCUACGUCUUGCUGGGCACCGUCCUCCUUGCAGGGCUUCUGGAUCGUGUGACGGAGUCUCUCCUGGCAGCUUCGGAUCAACGGCUCCAUGAGUCCCUGGAAGGAAUUCGGACCCUGGUGAGGAGUGGCAACCAGGAUUCCGUGGGUAGCACCUGUGGCCCGACGGACGGCAUAUUUACUUUGAGCAGGUCUGUAUACAGCCUGUUGCAUUGGAUACUGGUCUACCUCUUCUUCCUUGCCGCUUGGGUCGCCUAUUUCAUGAUCUUCGAAGGAUGCUCCUGUUCCUAUGGAGCGACUCGCAUUGAUGGCUGCGAAGAGGGGCAGCGGUGCGAGGCCACCGGAGGCGUUCAACUCAGCGCCCUCAGUGCAUCUUACAUGGGUGUCAUCACCUUCUCCACCGUCGGCUUUGGCGAUUUCAGCCCCAAGUCGAGGAAGGGAAGGAUAUUUGGCUCGAUCUGGAUGAUCCUUGGCAUCAUGGCCUUCGGCAAGGUGGUCACUCAUGUGUCGACUUUAUUGCAAGAGUGGAGGAUGUACCACAAAAAUAGAGUCCUGGUUUCUCGCAGGGUUUUCGAGAGGAUGGACAGAAAUAGAUCUGGCAAGGUGGCCCGCAGCGAGUUCGUGCUGUAUAUGCUUGUGAGGCAGGGGCGGGUCAAGCAGGAAACGAUCCAAGAUAUCGAAGCCUUGUUUAAGGAUCUCGACCAGGAUAAGAACGGCUCCUUGACUUUCGACGAGAUCAACGGCCGUCUCUUGCCAUCGCAAGGCCGAAUGUUGCGAGAACGAAGUGGCGGGAGUUCGCGAGAUUCAAUAGCAUCUGACUCGGAGGAGCUGGAG